CAGAACCAAUGCAGGCUUCAAGUCUUACAACCCUGAGAUCCUGACCUGAGGGGAAAUCAAGGGUCAUGUGCUUAACCAGCUGAGCUACCCAGGCGCCCCAAGAGUGAUUUCUUUAUCUGUCCCAAAUUUGUAUGCAUACUACCGUGUGGAAUAUUUUUAAAGCUAAAAGUUGAUUCAACUUUUAUUUCAUAUCCUCUUUCCUAAAAUUAUAAUCUUGUAAGAACCAUGCAGAUCACAAAAAUUAAGGAGACAUAUUUGAGAACUGGGGAGAAGUCUGUAGAAAUGAUGGGUUCAGUAGGAAUAAAACAUAGGAUAGUAAGUGGGGAGGUUAGCAGCUAAUUUGGUUGGUUGAUUUUUUGGGUGUGAUUUUCCUCCCAUUCAGGAAAAGAGAAAAUAUGUUAACUAGUCUACACAUCUAAAGUCAGAAGUGGAGAAAGUUUUGAAAGGAAGCCAUGGCGAUAGACAUGGUGUCCUAAAGAGAAAUAAAGGACUGGCAUAGAGAGGUACUAGCUUUUGACAGGUUUGCACCAUGCGUGAGUAUAAACUAGUCGUUCUUGGCUCAGGAGGCGUUGGAAAAUCUGCUCUGACUGUACAGUUUGUUCAAGGAAUUUUUGUUGAAAAAUAUGAUCCUACGAUAGAAGAUUCUUACAGAAAGCAAGUUGAAGUAGACGCACAGCAGUGUAUGCUUGAGAUCUUGGAUACUGCAGGAACGGAACAAUUUACUGCAAUGAGAGACUUAUACAUGAAAAAUGGACAAGGCUUUGCAUUAGUUUAUUCCAUCACAGCACAGUCCACAUUUAAUGAUUUACAAGAUCUGAGAGAGCAGAUUCUUCGAGUUAAAGACACUGAUGAUGUUCCAAUGAUUCUGGUUGGUAAUAAGUGUGACUUGGAAGAUGAAAGAGUUGUAGGAAAGGAACAAGGUCAAAAUCUAGCAAGACAAUGGAACAACUGUGCAUUCUUAGAAUCUUCUGCAAAAUCAAAAAUAAAUGUUAAUGAGAUCUUUUAUGACCUAGUGCGGCAAAUUAACAGAAAAACUCCAGUGCCUGGGAAGAUCCGCAAAAAGUCAACAUGUCAGCUGCUUUAAUAUAUUAGAUGCAUUGUAGCUCUGAGCCAGGUCUGAAGAACUGUUGCCCAAUUCAACAGUGCCAGCAUUCCAACUUUGUUAAACCUACCAACAUCUUAAAUGGACUUUCUGUGGUGGUACCCUUUAAGAGGCGGAUGAAAGCUACUACAUCAGUUUGCACAUUCUAAUCACUUUCCAGUAUCACAAGAGAGAUUUUUACUUAUAUAAUAGUCCUAGAGUAUGCAGCUGGUAAAACCAGAGGCUACAAUCCAGUAUUACUGCUAAGAGACAUUUUUCAUCCACCGAUGUUGUACAUGUAUGAAAAUGGUGUACUGUAUACUUUAACAUGCCCCAUACUUUGUAUUGGAGAGUACAAUAAUGUAAAUCCUAAAAGCACCACUAUUUUAGCAUAAUAAAAGAAAGUCCAAAGAGCUCCUAUAUAGACUACUCCAGAUAACUUCGCUUCUUUGAUACUUGUAGCUUAUUGUAAUUUUUUUAAAGAAAUUCAAGGUCAUUAUCAUUGUAUUGUACAAAUAAGCGCUUUGAUUAACACAGCUAUAUAGUUUUUUUAAUUUUUAAAAAAACCUGUGGAGACAGUGAUCUUGUCUUUAAAAUAUGAUAGUCCUUUCAGUAUAAUGUCUUAGAUUAAAGACAUUGCCUUUAAUAUCUGUUGGGAAAGAAAUGUCCAGACUUUUCAAAUCUUUUAUUAUAUGUUUCCUUUUUUGUUUACAUAGGGAACAAUGUUUAUAGUUGUGUGUACAGUGGGGGUCUACAACAAGAAGUGUAUAUUUUCAAACGAUUUUUUAAUGAUUUAACAAUUUUUGUAAAUCAUUUUCAGGCUUCUGCAGCUGUAGAUUCUCACUGUGAAUCCCUUGCUUGCUCAUGCAUAAGUGUAUUUGCAAUACCAAAUAUACAGGUUUAGUAUUUUUGCCUGUUAGUGAUUGUUUCACAUGUGUAACGUUUUGGUUGAGAUGUUAAAUGGUGGACGAGUACUGUGGAUGUGAAUGUGGGAAGUAAUUUUAAUCAUGUGUAAUUGGUCACAAGGCCUAAGUUGCAGUAACUCUUGCUGUUUUAUUUAACAAUGCCUUGUUGCUUUGUAUGCAUUAACCGUUUGGGUGUAAAGAUUGUGUGUCUAUCCAACAGGGAGCCACAGUAUUUAAAUUGACCAACCUAAUGUUACAACUACUUUGAGGUGGCCAAAUGUAAAACUAAAAGCCUUAAUUAAAGUGGUGCAAUUUUGUAUAACUUAGCAUCAGUAGUUCAAUAAAUUUGGAUUGCCAUGCAAGGGCUUGCAUUAUAAUUACUUGCCACUUGAAUGUGUUUUGUGUAAUGUUUAACAGUGCUAGCAAAUAAAUAUGGGUUUAACUUCUUUUUAAAUGUAA